AGCGACAGCUGGGGAACAGCAUACAGGACGAGAGAGAGGGAGAGGGGGUUUGGAACAGACUGCUCCGGAUACACACAGAAAUUAAGAGACGUACAAGAGGCACAGUUGACAAAAGGGUUGCCAUGCUCCACACGGAGAGAAUCACAAUGCUUCUGAGUGGCACUGGUCCGCUCUCCACCUCCCUGUCCCGGUUCUGUCUCUCCACUGCUACCCUCCUGAGGCUCCUCACUCUGGUGCUGGAGGGCAAGACAGCCUGGAGAGACAGGGAGGGAGGCUUCCUCUGCAAUACCAGCGUGGUAGGCUGCCACGCUGCCUGCUUCGACCAGCACAGCCCCAUCGCUCCCUUCAAUUUGUACUGCCUGCAGCUCAUCUUCCUGUUCACUCUCGCGCUGGCCGUCGCAUUGCUCCAUCAACCAGGUCCACCAUAUCUCCAUUCCAGGCCCCACAUGCAUUUCCUCAGUCUCCUGGGCAAGGCUAUCAUCGAGGGCCUCUUCCUGCUCAUUGCCUAUCAGCUCUACAGCACCAGGCCCUCCGAGACAACCUGCAGCGCCUCCCCUUGCCAGGGUUUAGUAAUGUGCAAGGUGUUAGGCGCCAGGGUGAGCGACGCCCUCUCUCUCCUGGUCUGUAGCUGUUCAGCAGUCAGUUUGCUGGUUUGUUUCUUUGAGGCUUAUCGGUCACUGACGUACCUUUCAGAGAAGCUUGUGGGGAAAGGAGCUAUAUUACCAUAGACGGAGAUCAACACAUUGCUACUUGUAUUUUAAACUUGAACUAGAUGGUGAGCUGCCCGAAAUAAAUGUUGCUUGGGGGAGAAGCAGCAGCAAUAAAUACACUCACGUCAGAAUGAGUUGCACUUGACCUUGGAUUUAUUUAUUUAAACCAUGCCAACCUCCUUAAGUAAUAACCAGUUAUUCUUCAACCCGUACCCACACCAGUACUACACUAAGGGGAUAGGCAUUGUAUCGGACAACACAAUUUAAAUGCAGGUGCCAAGUGCACAACAUAUUACAACUAGACCAAAAAAAAACAGUUAGGAUCAACGUGAUUUCUCAAAAGUAGUGAAUUUUGUAGUGUAGGUGCAGAUUUGGGAAAACAAACAUGCUGCUAUUUUGUAUUAGAUUUGAAUAAUAUAUCUUAACCAAGAAAAGGAACGCAUCAGGUUUAGGACACAAUUUUAAAAUGUAGGUUUUCAGAUCCAUUUUUGGAUUUUGGCUUUAUUCCCCCCACCCCCAGAUUAAAAAUCAGCUCCUAUAAAUCAAUAUAUUUCCAUUUAAUACUCUUAUUGAUUCCCUGAGACCUACUGUGGGAUCUGUAAUAGUAUACAGUGCAGUCACAAUCCAUUGGCAUUAAAGAAAUUGACAUGUCAAUAAGAGGAUAUGUAUUAGGUCACAUAACUACCAACAUCUAACUAAAGCAAAUGAGCCAUUGUCUAAUAUAGAUAUGAAUGUACAGCACACCCUCGCUGUAACAAACCCGCUGGGGUCCAAGCCUUUUGUUUGUUAGAUCAGUGGGUUUGUUAUAGCGAAAGGACAUUCACAAUGAAGGAUA